UGGUCUGAGUUUUAUGUUAAUUUUAUAAUUACAGAGAUGGCAAUGAAGGAACAUUUUCAAUCGUCAAUUUUAGUUGGUUUGCUCAUAAGUGCGACAUUUGCAAUAAAACUGAUUCUUCAAGGACCAAAAUAUACAAGAAGGAAUGAUAUUAUCUCUAUCAAUUGUUCAACUGACACCCCGUCUGUUGGAUUAGAAGCUGAGAUAUUAAUCAAUUCAAAAACUUACACCAACAUGAGAACUCAUAAAAACGAAUGUUUUUCUGCAGUCCAAGGAUUGGAGUGUGCAGAAGAUGUUUGCCAGUGUUCAAAAAGAGGAUAUUGGUUUUCACACAAAUACUAUGUGAAUGUAGAUAAUGUAGAAAAUUAUAUUUUGAAAAUAACUUGUGUAAUGAAAUAUGGAGCUGAUGGUGGUUACAAAGUUUCCAAGAGCAUUUCUAUCAAAAUAAUAGAUUUUUUAGAUCCUACAUUGAAAGUUGGUUCACCCCUAGUGGCUGGAACAAUUGCACGUGUGACCUGUCAGGUUUUGACAAACCUUAAAGACGUCAUUUUGCAGUGGAACUGUGGAAACAAUGGACGUGAAAAUACAACAAGAACAUCUCACACAUAUAUAUCAGUGUUAACUUUUAAAGUAAAACCGUUUCAUCAAAAUACUAAUUGCACGUGUACUGGUAGGUUUGAUGAAUUUCAAGUUUCAUCGACUAUACAAUUGGAUGUAGACAGUAAGCAUAUCAAAAUAGUUAUUCAAACAACGAAACGCGUUUUUUGUCGUUGUGGUCUUUACAUAAUCAAAAUAGCCACUUAUAUACCUCGAUUAACCAACAUAAUGACAAUUUCAUAUAUAAUUUUGUGUAAAGGCAGUUUUUUAAAAUUGAUAAGUUUAAUGAAUUUGAAUGUCACUUCUAGGUAUUUUCCAACCUUUUGCCGUUAUCAGCUUGUUAUUUUGUAUCAAAAUAAUAAUAUCUUUUAAUGUGGAGGGUCAUAUUUUGCAAGUCUUUACAUGACUGUCUAGAAACGGAUGAUGUGUUGUCCUUGCGUACUAAAAGUGUUGCUAGAAAAACCUUUUUCGUUUAAAUAUUACGUUUUAGUUACCAGACAACCAGACAACAGGAAUCAUACUGUAACAUAUUCGUUCUGUUCUUGUUAACCUUAACCAUUAGCAUUGUUUGUUUUGUAAAUUAUUUCUCACUAUUACCUUCAAACAAGAUUAGUCGCAUGAUAGACGGUACACCAAUAAGAAAAGAGGGGCGAAAGAUACCAGAGGGACAUUCAAACUCAUUCAUCGAAAAUAAACUGACAACGCCAUGGCUAAAAAAGAAAAAGACAAACAGACAAACAAAAGUACACAAAACACAACAUAGAAAACUAAAGAAUAACUAAAGAACCCCACCAAAAACUGGGGGGUGAUCUCAGGUGCUCCGGAAGGGUAAGCAGAUCCUGCUCCACAUGUGGCACCCGUCGUGUUGUUCAUGUUAUUACAAACCCGGUAAAUAGUCUAAUUCGGUAGGUCACAUUCGUGAAAAGGGAACGGGAUUGUAGUUACGAUAUUAGGAACAUAUCCGCUAUCAUCUGUGAAACGGUCAAACAACUCGUGAUGGCGUCCGUAAAAUUUACGAAGGGAUGAUUUCAACUUCACCAUUUGGAACUCUUGAUUUAAUAGCUUCCUUGUGAGCAUCAAUCCUCUAUCAAGGAAAUCAUGAUAGGAAAUACAAGGCCUGGAAUAUCGUAUCAAUUGCGAGAUAUAUACUCCGUAUGCAGGUGCUACUGGAAUGUUGCUACAUAGAAAUGGAAAGUUCACAACUGGGAAGCUUAAAUCGUCUCUUUUGUCGUAAAGUUUUGUUUUCAACCGACCCUCAUUGUCAAUUUCUAGAUGUAAGUCAAGAUAUGAGGCAGAUUAAACUGUAUCUGUUGUAUCCUUUAUUUCUAGUUCGAUAGGAUAGAUGCGUUCAACAUAUAUGUUAACAAAUUUCAUAUCACUGUUCAUGCAUGCCAAAAAAUGAUAUAAUCCGUAAGUUUCAGUAAGUUCUCAAUUAGACUGACACGAACUGUACAUACCAUGUUUAGUAUGAAUUGAAGCGGUUUCACUUAUUAUAAUCAUGAAGGCAAAAUUAGGUGGUACAUUUACCUGUUAAGGUCUUUGAACUUCCUAUACUGGUGCAAUGAAAAAAUUUUUUUUUUAACUUAUUACAAUUGUCUCUUUUUUGUUUCAGAUAAGCCGAUAUUAAAUUCAACAAAGAACGCAAUUUGUAAUAUAUCAUCAUCCGUACAACUGUUCUGUACACUGUAUAGCGAAAUGUCUUCAUUUGGGUUUAAUUCAUGGACACAUCUAUUUAAUGGUAUAGCAGUACGUGUUCUACACGGAGUAACGUAUGGGAAUAUGUCGAUGUUAAACAUUUCCUUUUGCUCCUACCAAGAUGCUGGAAUAUACCUUUGCAGUGCAUGGAACAAAUUUAAUGACCAAGCAUACCAUUCAAAAAGUAGUACAACACUUACAUUCAAUGGUCCACCAAUAAUUUUGUCAGCGAAGAUAGUUAGAGAAAAUGUCGUUACAAUAACAGUCAAUUUCUAUUCCACCAGUGAUAUUCAAAGACCGGUUUGGUUUUCAAUGUCAGAACCGAUAUUCAAUACAACGGAGUUCAAUGCAACACUCAAAAAUACAACUCUAUCAUUACCAGUGCACAACCAAUCAUUAACUUGUAAAGGUUACGUUGCGAAUUUGUCUAUGGGAAUCUAUAGAAAUAUGAAAUAUACUGUACUUCUAAAAAAUGAAUUUGGAGAUACAAGAAAAACCUUCGAUUUGCAUUCAGAUCUGAUUGUAUCAUUUGACUUUCGAUUUUGGAUUUUUGGAUUGUCGAUCUUUGGAGUAUUUUUAGUGGCAACGACAAUGACUAUUGCAAUUCUUAGAGGAAAACAGUAUCAAAAUGUUGUUCAUAUUGUUGGUCCACUAGAACGAUCACCAACUAUUCCUAUUUAUCAUUCAGCUCCAGAAUCACUGGAAGACGACCAUGUAUAUGAGCGAACAAAUCACCAAUAUCUAGAGCUAAUGGGAAUUCCACAGGAAAGUCAUUAUUCUGAUAUUAAGGAAGAAGAGGAUGAACUUCAACUGAGUGGAAAUGAUGAUAGGGAUGAUUAUGAAGAAAUUGAUUGACAAAAAGAGCUUCUUUUGUAACAUCUAUAAUACUUGGCCCUUUUAACGCAGUUAUUCAUGUUGUCAUGAAUAUAA